GCUAUGAUCUCAUGUUGCUUGGCUUGGCAUCGGCUCAUGAUCAGAAUUCACUUUGCGUGUGACGUUGCGUGGCUCUAACCUCUGAAAGCCAGCCCAGCCCAGCCCAGCCCACUCGGACUCUCCCAUUUUUUACUGCCGGGCGGCGGGUGAAAAAUUUAUACCGACUAUGAAAGCUGGCUGAUCCUCAAGCCUUUUUUACUGUCUUGACUUUUUCGGUGUUUCCUCAUUCCAACCAAACUCGAACUUGAACAACAACUACUUUUAUUGUCUAUUACUUGUAUUGACUAUCAGUUAUGGGCGUCCGUAUCGCUACGCAACAAGACAUCCCCGCGUUGAAGGAGAUCAUCCUCAGCGGGUUGUCAAAUGAUUCUGUCUGGCUGUACUGCUACCCCUCAGCAGGCCGUUCAGAAGCCGCCUCAAAUCACGUCGAGACGGUCUUGAAGAGGAUCAUUGACGACAACAGCAAAAAUUGGCACUGCUACGUAGUCGAUGCUCCCAAGACUCACGACCCUGUCUCCCUUGCCAUCAUCCAGUCGCUUCACCAGAACGAGGACGAUGGAAAGGGCGUCACUGAGCAGAUCCAGCGAGUGCUCGGUCUGUCGCAAGACCCCCCCAGCAACGGGGAGAGUACAAGCAAGACUGCAAAGAGAAUUGCCGCACUGCAAUCAGGCAUCACGCAGACACAGCAGACGUACCUCGCCCGCUACGAACAGGUUAUGUUCCUCCAUGCCGUCAUCACGCAUCCGCACCACAAGCGCCAAGGGUAUGCCAAGACGCUCUCCAAGCAAACCCUGCAGGUAGCGCGUCAGAAGGGCGCCGUCGUUGCAGCCCUCGCCAGCCCCUUCAGCGGCUACGUCUUCUACUCGGGCACCAGCUUCUCCAACUGCGGCCGCACAAAGGUCGAGACCGACAACGACAUUGAGAACCUCGAGCUGCAGAUCAUGGUCUGCACCCCGCCCAAGCCCCUCGAGCAGAGGAGGAGCUCCAUCAUGGACUUUUGGGGAGCCGCCAAGAAGGCUUCGCCCGCCGGCAGCAGACGUGAGUCGCUCGACCAAGGACAGGGACAGGGACAGGGACAGGGACAGGGUGAGAGGCGGAGCUCGUUUUUGGACAUGUUUAGCUUUGGUGGCCCCAAGACUCCCUCUGCUGUUGAUGAUGAUACCCGCAGAAAGUCUCACGCCUAGAUGAGGGACACGACGAUUUUUAUUUGCAGUUUUUCUUAUGGAUCGUCAUAGACCAGGUCUUUUCCUAUGUAUUUACCAACGAGCCACGAUCUCAAUACGAUUACCUUCAGUCCCGUCAGGGUCAGCGAAAAUACAGUGUUGGACCGUGCAUGACUGUACUGAUUUUCAGGGCUCAAUCAUGCAUUUUGCGCAUGCACGACAGCGCAUAAUCAGCAACUUUUCACCAAUCGCCGUCAAAGCUUACGCAACUUCAUCCGCCCUAUCUCAACGACCAGCAGUUUCAUAAUUUUCAUCAACUGCAGCCGCCUUCCAGAGGCUGGCAUUGUUAUACGGUGACUUGCUAAUUGAAUAGUUAGCUUAUUCACAUUUAUUCGUGAUAGAAUAUGGCUGUUUGAUCAUAUAACUACAGCCAGAGCCGUGACCGUCUGCGAUCAGCUUCAGGAGACAUCACGAUAUGUAUCGGAGGGAAGAAUUGGGGGAAAGGGUCGGAGAUCAUAGCAAGGUAGACCUCUUGGAUGGGAAAGACAGCUAUGCAGGUAUAGAACCUGCAGCUGUUAUUGAAGAGUUGAUAGGAGUAGGUUAGGGGCUAUGAAGGAAAAGAAAAUGCUUAACUUCCCUCAGAUAUGCCAUCUCUCUUCCCACGAAUGCAGUGUAUGAUCCACCA